AUGGCGACCUCUCUCCUCUUCUCCCUCAUCCUCCUCUCCCUCUCUAUAUCAUCCUCCUCCGCUCUUUUAUUCUCCGAAACCGUCGUCGACGCCGCCGACGUCCUCUCCGACUCCGGCUACCUCUCUAUGGCUCUUAAUCUCCAAACCGUCUUCCAAACCCUCCUCCUCCAAUCCCCCACUGCUACCGUCUUCGCUCCUUCCGAUUCGGCUUUCGUUCGAUCAGGUCAGCCUCCUCUUUUUCUGUUACAAUACCACACGUUGCCACAGAGACUCUCCCUUGAGGACCUCAAAGCUCUGCCCUACGGCACAAGCAUACCGACGAUGCUGUUGAACCGCUCGUUGAUUGUCACUACUUCGGAUGUCGAUGCUCUGUUGUCGAUCAACAAUGUUACAGUCAAUGAAUUGACUGUCUACGAUGCAGGAUCAGUGGUUAUAUAUGGAGUGGAUGAGUUCUUCGAUCCUUCUUUCAGGAUUUAUUCGAAUUCUGUUCCUGAACAGUGCCCUGGACGCAAUGAUUUCUUCGAGCAAGAAACGUCUAGUUUUGAGGAUGUCGACUGUUUUGGCGAAGCUUCGGAUCUGUUGAGGUCCAGGGGCUAUUCGAAAAUGGCAGCAUUUAUGGAUAUGCAACUGACAGGGUUUGGAGAUGGGACGAGUGUGACGAUCUUUGCGCCUGUUGAUGAAUCAAUCGAGGAACACGCUAAGAAUUUCAGUGAUUACUCGGUGAUGUUUCGGCAACACGUUGUUCCUGGUUGGCUGCCAUGGAAGGUAAUGUCUGGGCUCGAAGCUGGAGCAAUGUUGCCCACAUUUUCAGAAGAUUUUAGAAUCAAAAUCACUAGGUUUGGUGAUAUCCUUGCGCUCAAUGGCGUUCCGAUCCUCUUUAUGGACAUGUUUUGUUGCAAUUGGCUUGUCGUCCAUGGCCUAGAUCAGUUGGUUACCUCGUCAAUAAAGCAAGACUUGAAGGAAGGUUCCUUCUUUGCAUUCAACGACAAUGUUGACGAGAAUGCCAAGGAGGGUUCCUUCUUUGCAUUCGAUGACAAUGUUGAAGAGAAUGCACCUGACUAUGGUGAAAACUCAAUACCAUGA